AUGACGAGCUCCGCCUCCUCCUCCCCUUCCCGCAAGGUGCUGAGCAAGAUCGCGUGCCUCCGGCUGCAGAAGGAGCUCGGGGAGUGGCAGGCCAGCCCUCCCGGCGGCUUCACCUACAAGGUCUCCGACAACCUCCAGCGGCGAUAUGAAAAUCAUGAUGGGUGGCACGGCAACAGGUGGGUCAUCGAGGUGUCGGGGGCGGAGGGGACGCUCUACGCCAGCGAGACGUACCGGCUGCAGGUUGACUUCCCGGAGCAGUACCCCAUGGAGGCUCCACAGGUUAUAUUUAUGCAUCCGGCGCCGAUGCAUCCGCACAUUUACAGCAAUGGGCACAUCUGUCUAGAUAUAUUGUAUGACUCGUGGUCACCAGCAAUGACGGUCAGUUCCGUGUGCAUCAGCAUCUUGUCCAUGUUGUCAAGUUCACCAGCUAAGGAACGCCCAUCCGAUAACGAUCGCUACGUCAGGAACUGCCGCAACGGGAGGUCUCCGAAGGAGACGAGGUGGUGGUUUCAUGAUGACAAAGUGUGA